CUUAGAUUUUUUAUAUCUAUUAUGACUUGGCCUAUCCUCCGUUUCCGGCUUGACGUCAGCUUUUGGGACACCCUGAAUAAAACCUCUCAUUUGUACUUUUUUGGCCCAUACCAGUAGUGACAAACCCAGCACCCCAAUCUCCCACCCAGGACAUCCCACACAUGGGUCCCAAACGAGGCAGAUUCCUGAUGCGACAGCCCAGGAUCAAGCGAGAAUCUGACCCCAGCCAGGAACCACCUGAUGGUUCGGAACCCAUGGCGAGUACAUCGCAGUACCUCACGGUACCACCCAUCAGGAUAGAGCGGCAAUGUUCGGAUCCCACACCUUCGAUCAGUCCAUCGCCUGAGAAUUUGCUGCACGUACAAGAGCAUGUGUUGGUCAAGCAACAUUCGCAUCCGUUACUGCCUACAAAGAGUCCAGAGUGUGGCAACUUAAGAUCUAGUCACUGCCCCAUGGUAAGAGAAGGACCAGCCUUGAGCUGUAACUUCUGUUGGAACACAGUGGACAACCAUGGUCGAAUAUUACGAAGGAAAACGAAGUACCACUGUCCUGAGUGUCAGACGAAUCUAUGUAUUGUUCCCUGCUUCCAGGAAUAUCACAAAUGUCCCCGACCGAGUAGUAGUGAGCCUCAAAGUUCGACGGUGGUGUCAUCACCAACAGCACAGACGAGCAGUGUGCUUCAACAAGGAAGCCCAACUAAAACGUUCCCAAAAAGUAGUUAGACGGUGAUCCUUCUAUCAGCCCUGCUUGCCACAGCAGUUCGUUGCACCGGCACUGGCCACGGCGUAGGAUACUCGUCGCACGUCUCACACCCAGUGGUGCACCACGUACCUGCGGUAGCCACCCACCACGUUCCAGUGGUGCACACCCACGUCGAGCCAUACGACCCGCAUCCCCAUUACAACUACGCUUACACUGUCAACGACCAUCACACCGGUGAUUCCCAUAGCCAGCACGAGUCAAGAUCAGGGGACGUAGUUCAUGGGGAGUACAGCCUGACGGACCCAGAUGGUCAUAGAAGAACGGUUCACUACACUGCGGAUCCUCACAAUGGGUUCAAUGCUGUGGUUCACCGAACGGCUCCUCAUCACGGAUAGAUUUUUGGUUUGCUCAGUUAUUCAUUUGUCAUUAUUGAUUUUUGAAAAGUCUUUGUUACGUUUUCGAAAAGCGAUCGUGAGAAACAUUAUAGAGAGAAAUGCGGUUUAGUUCUUUUGUAUCUUGAAAUGUAUAUUUUUUAUACUGAAUAGACGUUACACAAAUA